UCAGACAUAUACCCCGGGUAAACCUAACAGGAUGCAAGAGGCCAUCUGAACUGCGCUUUUUAAACCCACGGGAACCUCUUCUCUCUACCAUGCCCACAGCAUGAAGGCUCCUCUAGUCAUGAUGAUAAAAACGAUAUUACUGUACAUCCUUCUAGUAACGCUGGCUCAGAGCAACUAUCAAGUUUACGGAUUUAAUGCCACCAAUUGUCUAGUUGAAAUUCAAGUUAACAGACACUCCCAGUACAAAAUUAAUGUCGGGAACUCUUUGAUUAUACGUUGUCCAGUUCGUUACUGCAAGAAAAAGCCAGUCAUGCAGUGGUGCAAGGUGGAGGUGGAUACAUGUGUGCCGCUGAAGGAGGGCAAAGCACAAUGGGAGUCCAACAUGUUUACUUUGGAGGUUUUCUCAGCUCAUCAGAACGACAGUGGAUGUUAUCGUUGUCAAGCAAUAGAGGACAAUCUUUCCACUGUGAGCCAUGGAAUAGAGGUUAUUGUUGAAGAAAAGUCUGCGAACGUUAUCACAAUUUCACCAGAAAAUACCACUAGCAUCUCAGAAGAGCCCAAAGAAUCUGGAAAAUACAAGAUAUUGCACAUUAUUUAUGCUUCAGCCUCCGUGGGUCUAUGUUGUCCAUUCAUCGUCGUGUGCAUGUUUUGGUGUCUAAGGAGGGACCAUGCAGAUCAAAAGAGAACUCCAUUAACCCAAGAGAGACAAGAGAGCCUGGUCAGAAGUCCAGCAGCUGCUCCAUCCCACGCUGCUGGGACAACUCAAGCUUCAGAAGAAAGCUCUUCACUUUACUAUUGCUCCAUGGCUAGCCCACUGCAGGUCUUGCAUGACAACGCAAUUUAUGACAAUGCUGUCCCUCCCUGGAACCCUCAGAGGACGGCACCUCAUGCACUUCGCAAUGAUCCUGUUAUUCCUUCCACCCCAGUUUUGCUUGAAAGCCCAGAUGUCCUCACAUAUGCUGCACUAAAUCAUUCAGCUUCUGCGGAAAGAUGCCAGAGAAGGGAACUAACUGUAGAAAAUGAAUUUACAGAAUAUGCCUCCAUUAAUGUACAUAGAUAAAUAAAUGUGGCAAGGACUUGUCCAGGCAACCAUUUUGCAUGCAGUCCCAGUUCUAGCUUCCUUCCAGGAUGUUGUCCCUCUCUCUUCUGGGAAAACUUCCCUUUUGUCAAGAAGAACCUGUGGAUGCUCCUGUGUAAUGACAGAAUUCAAAACACAGCCUGUGCCGAUGGAUGGGUAUUUGCACUGUGUGUUUGUCUCUUAAGUGGGGGAAUAAAAACAAACAGUCAGCUUUCUUAUUUUUCCUUUUUACAGGAUUCUGCUUCUAGUCUGACUUUGAUUUCAUUACGAUUUGAAUAUAGACAAAGAGGAGAAGGGGAAGUUUUUCCUAGGAUAGAAACAUCUAAAAUGAAUCUGUGAGGAAUUUGAGUCAGGUUAAUUUCUCCCAAGUAAAAGCUAAGAAUGUUUGUGGGAGAAUUUUUCUCUAAGCUUCUAAGAACAUCCUUCCAAGGAUUUAGUUUGUCAUUCCAGUUUACUUGAUCUCCUUUCAAAGUUCUUUGAGCACCAUGAAUGUCUAAAGCUAUUAUUAACCAAAAUCAAGUGAAUACUUGUGUGUGUGUAUGUUUGUUUUUUGUGGAAGACAAGGAAGGAGGAGAUGGUUGUUUUCCUUUUACAAAGAAUUCUCACAAAUAACAUGUGAGCAAAUAUUGAAAUAUAGCACACACUGUUUUUCUAAGUUAGCUAAAUUAUUGCGUAUUGCUUUUGUCCAUGAUGAAUCAGUGGAAGUAACAAAUGAACAGCAAUGACUGAUCCCGGUCAAAAUAAAAAAUAUUUGUUCACAAAUAACUGUGUAUAACUAUCACUCUAAGCUUUCCU